AUGGGGGUACCUGCCGCAGGAGUACCCCAAGCUGGCGCAACUGCAGCUGGACCCGCAGCAGGAACAGCAGAGGCAGCGCCGCCUCCUGUAGACCUUGAUGCGAUCAAACAGAGAGCGAGUUUACUACCCUUUUCCUCCAGAUGCUCUCAGCAGCCACGCAAUCUCACGUGCGAAAGGGAGUGGAUUACUCGGCCUCAGUCGUCCAGCCGCCUCCUCCUCCUGAAGAGCAAACGAGAGAAGAUGGAGUUCGCAAGGGCCAUGGCCUGCUUAGGAAAGUUGAAUUCCCCUGAGAUGCGGCGGGCAAGGACCGCCGAGUUGACGGAGAUGGCAACAAUUAAAGGAAAAACAAUUGAAGAGCUCGAAAGAGAAAUCACAGAAACGCAAGAGGAACUGUCGAAGACUCAGGCGGAUCUGCUGUUUAUGAAACACGACGUGCAACUGGCAGACGAAAAGAUAACCAUUUACCUAGAUAAGCUGCAGCGGCUUGAAGUCAAACUUGCGCGGCUCCGUAGUGAAGAAGAGAGAGGAGAGGGAGAAGGAAAUAGAAGGCAGAUGCAUGAAGAAGAAAUGGAAGAGUAUGAAGAGAGAGAAACAGGAAGAAAAUACAGCGGCAGCUCAAGAAGUCGCCAAAAGGAACAAAAGGCUAAAGCUGCCCAACCCAAACCAAAGAAAACGAAGACUAAAGGAACACCAGCUGUACGUACAUACACCCCAACAACACCUAAACAAACAAAUCAAUUGUCUCUUGUGCCUCAACACGGCAUCCAGCCGAAGAAACGAGCAAGCACCCCAAAUAAAAAAAGUAAAAGUAAACCCAGGUUCACAGAAGUCGAAGGAGCAACCGCAGCAGAAGGGCAGCAGCAACUUCAGCAACAGCAGCAGCAGCCACAGCAGCAGCAGCCACAGCAGCAGCAGCCACAGCAGCAGCAGCCACAGCAGCAGCGGCCACAGCAGCAGCAGCCACAGCAGCAGCAGCAGCACCCAGCGACCCGCGAACAGCUGCAGCAGCAAAUGGAGUACCAGCAUUACCUGCAGCAGAUGCAGCUCCAGAUGCAGCGCCUGCAGCAGCAACAACGCGAUGAAAAAAUCAAACAUAUUCCACCCGCCCGCCAGGACCCUGCCAGCUGGUGGACGAGACCCAGAAGAGGGACAGCAUAA